UCGCCGCGUCAGUACUGCGCGAACCGCGGCGGGAUUACAGUUGUAGGCAACCCGAGGCGGAGCGCCUGAUUGUGUAGCACCGGAACCGGCACCAGCACCAGCAUGUUCCCCGGGAGGCUGCGAGCGUGCGCGGCCCUGUGCGUGUGGAUUACGGCGCUGGCGAGCACGCGGAGCGGCGGCGUGCGGGGCGCCCGGAGGCAGGACGACUCGUUCCCGGCGGCGGCGUCCGGCGUGUACCGAGCCCGGUGCGCCUCGCGAUGCCUCAGCCUGCACAUCACGCGCAUCUCCGCCUUCUUCAAGCACUCGCAGAACAACGGAUCCUUGGUGUGGUGCCAGAAUCACAAGCAGUGCUCCAAGUGCCUGGAGCCCUGCAAGGAAUCUUGGGACCUGAAGGAAAACCAGUGCCAGGAUCUAUGUGAGCCCCUCUUCCCCAAGAAGCACUACGAGUGCCUCACCAGCUGCGAGUUCCUCAAGUCCAUCGAGGGCGUGAAGCAGGGCGACUGUCCCGCCCCGGAGAAGGCCAGCGGCUUCGCGGCGGCCUGCGUGGAGAGCUGCGAGGAGGACGGCGAGUGCUCGGCCGUCAAGAAAUGCUGCUCCAACGGCUGCGGCCACACCUGCCAGGUCCCCAAGAACCUGUACAAAGGAGUCCCCCUGAAGCCGAGGAAGGAGCUGGCGUUUGCGGAGCUGCCCUCGGGCCGGCUGGAGAUCCGCUGGUCCUCCAAGUUCAACAUUUCGGUGGAACCUGUCCUCCACGUGGUGCAGCGGCGCUGGAACUUUGGCAUUCACCCCAGCGAGGAUGACGCCACCGAGUGGGAGACGGUCGCGCAGACUGCCGAGGAGCGGGUCCAACUGGCCGACAUCAGGGCCAGCAGAUGGUACCAGUUCAGAGUGGCCGCGGUCAACGUGCACGGGACUCGCGGAUUCACCGCGCCGAGCAAACACUUCCGCUCCACCCGAGACCCGUCCGCCCCGCCACGCCCGAGCAGCCUGCGCGUCACCAACGUGACGCAGGGAGAUGAAGGCCUGGUGACAGUUCGUCUGAACUGGAGCUUGCCAGAGGAGCCCGACAUUCCCGUACAUCACUACAAAGUCUUCUGGAGCUGGACCGUGCCCACCAAGUCGACGGUUCCGUCCAAGAAGAGAAGGAGAAAGACCACCAACGGGGCCCAGAGCUGGGUGGACCUGGAGGGCCUGCAGGCCAACAGCAGCUACACCGUGGAGCUGCAGGCCGUGACGUACUGGGGACAGGUGCGACUGAAGGGGUCCAAGGCCUUGCUGCACUUCAGCACCACCCAGAAUUCAGAAUCAGCAAAAUCGGCGCACAAUUCGAAGAAGGAAGCGAUACCUCCUGGUGGACCCGCGCUAGCCAAAGCAAAGCGACCUUCUGGCCCGCUGGAGGUGGGCACACCCUUCUACCAAGAUGGCCAGCUGCAAGUCCGUGUCUACUGGAAGAACCGCGGAGAGCCCGGAAUGAACCGAUACCACGUCCAGUGGAUGCCCGAGUACUGCCACCACAACGAGACACGGGGACCGGAGAAAUCCUCCACGCAGGAGAACUACAUCAACCUCCCCGGCCUGUUGUUCUCCUGCAAGUACAAGGUCACGGUUCACAUGCUGAAAUCCAAGAGACGCUCCAAGGAGGAGAGCACCACCUUUCUCACGCCGUCCUGCGCCACCAUCCGGAGCAAGACUCUCAAACACAUCCACUGCCCGGGGGAGGGAGCUGCAACACUUCCGAAAGUUUUGGCCAAGCCCGAAAACCUGACAGCUACAUUUUCCAUCAGCGGAGGAAAUAUCACCGGCAGCUUCCUGUGGCGUGUGUCCCGUUUGGCGGCCCACCAGCGCAUUACGGGCUUUCAAGUCACCUGGGCCGAGAUCUCCACCGAGAGUCGACAGAACAGCCUGCCCAACAGCAUCAUCUCCCAGUCCCAAAUCCUGCCUCCGGAUCACAAUCUGCUGGUCGUGUCCAACCUCCGGCCGUCCACCUACUACAGACUGGAGGUGCAAGUCAUAACGACCGCAGGGGAAGGCCCCGCCACUGUCAAGACCUUCCAGACUCCCGAACUAUUACCAGUCACUCAACACCGGCCAAGACUCCGGCAGCACCAUUCCCAUCACCAGAAACCGUCACUCGAAAGACACUGAGUCACAAAGCGAGGCAAAUCGAGUCACUCCCCCCCCCCGCCCGCCGUAUCCGUUAAGAGACUAUCCGGGAAGAAAGUGUGGAAUCGUGAACUGUCCCAAAAGCCAACGCCGCCGCCCACCUCCCCCACUUCCAUUUAUGAAAUUACAGUCCUCUUCCCUCAAGUGCACCACAAGACAUCCCUUCUGAACCCUUCUGGCUCGCUACGUCAGGUCGGUGUGUACAGUUUUUCGUCUGACUCUUCGACAUCUGCUGUUGUGCUCUUGCUAUUGCGCACCUCGUAUGGAAGUCCAAAAUCUCAACAAACAGCAGCAGCAGCAGCAAAGUUUGAUGACCUGAGAGAACAGGCAACAAAGAAAAAGAAUAUAAGUCGCCGAUUCCUGAAGAAUGGUACAAGAUCUAUUUAUUUGGACCCAUGGAUGAUGUCACGGUUGUCGAACCCAGAAUAUGUCACAUCGUUCCAUUGCAUGUAGUCCAUUUGACUUACACAUAAAAAAACAAAACAAAACAAAAAAAAAAAAACGGAAUGUGCUACGAUUGGAGAGCUUUCAGUGUUUUUUUUUUUUUUUUUGCAUGACAUCCUGUUGGCAUGAAAGAAAAAAGAAAUUAAAUGGUGCUUUUCAAUAUGUUAGCGAUAUUCCAUUAAUGGAUUAACAAAGAAUUAUACUGGGAAUACUAUGUAAUGUUUAUUAAUGAAAUCAUAACGUGUGGAAAUAAUGCAUUGUACAUCUUCUUGGCUGUAGAAAUGUUUGUCGUGGAACAGUCAGUGAAUGUCUAUAUUUAUUUAUGUGUGUAUUCCAAUUUGAUUUGGAUGUGUGUGGAUGUGGAUGUUCUGUGUGUUUUAGUAUCACUUUUUUUUUUUUUAAUCGGAAGCAACGCAAAUCUUGUAAAGACACUUUGUAAAAAUGGAAUUGUAAAUACGGUCUUAUGUUACAUGUUAUUUUUCCAUGGUAGAAACUGUACAAACUGCGAAGUAAUAAAAUAAUCCUUA